AUGACAUUCCAGCACGAUUGCCUCUCAUCACAGGGCGCCAAUAACAUGGCGCCAGUUGGUCGUUGCGUAGUUCGAAGAAACGACGCCCGGAGAACUCUGGGCGAUCAGGAGCUCCGGAGGGUAAAUCCGCCGCACUACAUCGAUUUCUUUCAUCUCUGGACGGAUGUGUGUUCCCUCUAUACUUCUGAGGUAACCCUAAAAUAG